CAAGCGGCCAUUGUCGGCCCAACCUGGCUCGCGGAAACUCUUACGUCUCGCCGACUGGAGAGCCGGCCGGCCGCCCCGCGGGGAGCGGCCGACAGAUGCCGCCGGAGCGGGCCCUCGGCCGCGGCGCGGCGGCCGAGCCGCUGGCGCGGCUCGAGGACGACCCCGGCGCCGAGGGCGCCCUCGUGCCGGCCGCAGCGCUGUGGGGGCGCCGCGGCGCGCGCGUCUCGCCGCAGCUGGUCCUGGGCCUGGCCGGCUUCGUGCUGGCCACCCUCGCGGGCGCGGCGUUGGUGGCGCGCCGCGCGCGGCAUCAGGCCCAGGCGGAGGAGCGGGUCCUCCUGCGCAUGCGGCAGGCCGCGGCCCCGGAGCGCCUCCUGUCGCUGCGGCCCUGCGUGCGGGACCUCGAGGGCACGCAGAUCGACCGCGGUUUCUUCGCCAAGAUCGAGGGCGGCUGCGGCGGCGAGGGCGCCGCCGACGCCGAGGCGGCGCCUCCAGGCGUGGCCUUCCUCGGGGGCAACGACAGCGGCGCGCUCCUCUCCGCGCUCGGCGCCGAGGUCGCGGCAGACCGGCGCUGGGAGGUCAUGGCCGAGGAGGUCAACGUGCGCUCCGCGCCCAGCCUCGACGCCAGGUCGCUCGGGAAGAAGCGCCGCGGCGAGGUGUUCUCCGGCGAGAUGGAGGGCGACUGGAUACGCUUGAAGCCCAGCCUGGGGCCCGGGCGGUUCGCCUACGUGAAGACCAUGUGGGAGGACAUCUACCUGGUCUCCCCGGCCGUCGCGGACAGCAGGUCGCACUGCGCGAACGCCGGCCGCAACUGCAGCGACUCCCGGUGCUGCCGCUGGCCGGGUCACGCCUGCUUCCGGAAGAACGCGGUCUGGAGCGCCUGCCGCAGCAGCUGCGUGGAGGGCCCGGACCCGACGGACGGCGACAGCGGCUCCUGGAGCUGCGAGCGCUUGGGCGAGGCCGCCCCUGGCAGGCCGGUGGACGGCGAGCUGAGCAGGCCGGUCGCCGGAUGGGUCCAGGACACCUGCGCCGCCGGCAGCGGCAGCUGCUCCGAGUCCAGGUGCUGCUCCGCGCCCGGCUUCCAGUGCUACGAAAGGACCACGCUCGGUACCACCCUCGGCGCGCAGUCGUUCGCACAUAAUGCAAUGGGGCUACACGCUUUCGUUCAACACAUGUGGGCCAAGUGGGCACCACUGCCAUGA